AGGCAUAAUCCGAAGUAAACCAUGUCUUUGGUGCCAGCUUCAUUCUAUCAAAAUGUGGAUAUUAUUCGAGAUGUGAAGUUUAAUAUGAAGCCAACGUGUUCGAUUUGUAUGGAAGAAUUCGAUGCAAUUGUUCCAAAAGAUCUUCGUUGUAUGACUUGCUCUUCGUGUAAAAUGAGUGGAUCGGAGACUUCUUUCCACAUUUGCCGUGAAUGUACGAUUCAACAACACGAAUACGAUAUUCAUACCUUUAUCGAUCAGGAGCCUUCAAUCCAUCCUGACGCAUUCACAAUCUGCUCGACCUGUGUUCUGAAAGAUCACAACACUACUCACCACACUGUCAUUGAAUAUCUUCCGAUCAGACUCAACUACCAGCUCAGAAUGAACACAAAAAGUGCGGAUGUCCUGAAGACUCGCGUUCACAAGGACUUCUCCGACGCAAUGACCAUUCUGUCAUCGUUACCGAUUCUUGUCAAGAAGAAGGAAUGCGAGGUUGCCAAGAUAGCGGAAUUCAUGACAAGAGUCAAAAAUACGGAGAGUCUCACUCAAAUUUUCAAGACUUUCGAGAGGGAGAUGAAGAAUAUCAUAAAAAUUCUGGAAGCUUUGAAAAGAGAUGGAGGAAAGCUGAAAGAUACCGUGGAACAGACUGUCAAGCGACUUGAAGAUGACAAUGAGAAGAUCGACAUAGCACACUGUCUUCAAGAAUUUGUCGAUUUGAAGGAGCAUCUCAAGAUUCCAGAAAUGGUUCAGAUUCCACAAGACACUGAUCUUCCGAUUAUUGACGAGACACUUCAAAAGGAGGAAUCCAAAAAAUACACCAUUGGAAGUGUCAUCGUCUCAAUUUUCAGUGCAAUCUUCAAUUGGCUGUGCAUGUUCGUCAAAUUUAUUUCGCAAAUGAUUUUCGGGGCCGGAAGCACUUUUUAUAAGAAUGGUAAGAUUCGAAUAUUGUAUUCAUGCAUAAAUUUCAUACAUUUUCAAUCUCUACUGAACACAUCAACCUUCACAUCCUGGCUCCAAUCUUCAUCAUUCUCAUCUGCAUCCUCAUCCUCUACGUCUUCUGAGCAAUGUUGUACAUUUAUAUUUAUCUACCUACUUUGUCAAAAUUUUUUAUUGUUUCCCAUUUCUGACAACGAAUUUGAAUUCAUCGAAUAAACCAGCUCAAUGACUAAA